AUCUUCAUUAGUCUAUUGCAUGUGAAUUAUUUUCACUUACUUUUCAGUUUGUGUGGACUUUUGAUUCACAACAUUUCAUAAGUUCUCUGACCGACCAUGUGUGCUUUUACAUGCGGUGUUAUGACAAGUUAACGCCUCCAUUUUUGACUGACUUGGAUCCUUCCCUCAUGCAAUCAACUUGAGUUGUUCUUAUUGCAGCCUUUGGAUUGGGUAUGUGUGAUAGAGAGUAAAAUGCAAGCAUAUUCUUCAAUGAAUACAAACUUCUCAUCUUAGUGUUCAGCAUAAAGAUGCUUUACAUUUAGGAUGGAGUCCAAUGAUUUCAUUGUGUUAAUUUUGUCGUAUAUUUUUCCUUUGCCUUUUGUGGAUGCUGAUGAAGUUCAAUGAUUUUCUAGUAUGUUAAUUUUUGCAUCUAUUUUCCUUUGCCUUUUCUGGAUUCAUCACCAAAUGCCAUUUGCUAUUCCUGGGAGAUAAAAAGCUGGUCUUCUUUUGUAGCACUGAUCUGCUUUUGCUUAUGAUGACAGCAUCUCUUGGAGUCUCAGAGGCAUAGAGAAAAUAAGUACCAGAUGCUGGAAUGGCACACCAAUAUUAUAAAAGAUCUUUUCCUGGAAAAACUCGGGGCAUUGAAGGCCCCACUACUUGCCGUAUGCUUUUACGGUCCACCUUCUCGGGGAAGUUUGAUGCUCCAAGUAAGUUCUAAAAGACAACAAUGUUUCAAGUUAUUAAGUUCAUUGGAGGUUGAACCAAAUACUUUCUAGGGUGCUCUUCAAAGUCUCACCAUCAUUUCUAUGGCAUGUUUUACGUGCGACGUUGAAGAAAUUAGGCUAAAAGAAAGGAAUGGAUUGGCUAGAUUAACUUUCAUUGAAUUAGAACAUAAUCAAUCUAUCUAUUUGUAGCUGUGGGUCAACAAGAAGAUGAUAUGUCGUGGAUUCCUCUUUAAAAGUAGCAAUUUUCUUGGGAAGAUUUAGUUCAUGUUGUGAAGAAAUCUGUUCAAGAAGAGAUGAAAGGAGAUCUUCAUGCAAAGAAUGAAUGGACAAUCUCCAAUUGAAGGGAUCAAUAUUUGGAAAAAAAACGAAAACAGAAACAUUUAUCAAAUUGUGGAAACAGUAAAAAAAACACAUCCCAAAGUACCCAAGUACAUUCAUGUACUCUCUCUCUCUAGGUUUAUUCUUCAUAGUCACGUGUCUUUAGAGAGAGAGAGAGAGAGAGAGAGAGAGAGAGAUUAUUAUGUGAAGUGGAAGCAAAACUGUAGUUCUUUGUUAUAUAGAAGACAAUGAUUACCUUGUGAGUGAAGAAAAAUUCAAAAAAAAAGACAAGAAUUGAGUCAAAGACAAGAAGACCUACCAUCCCCUUCCCUCUCUCUCUCUCUCUCUCUCUCUCUCUGUUCACAAAGAGACACAUACACAAAUGGAGGUCCCCCUCCAAUCCGUUUUCCACUCCACCUAGCAACCAACCAACACAAUCUUCUCUCUCUCUCUCUCUUUCUGGACACAAAUAUUCACAAUUCAAAUUCAUGUUCUUCAAGCAACAAAGGCGUCCCCAACCAUCUCCAUCAUCAUCACCCUUACCACGCCAUGAAGCCUUCUAUUUUUCUCUUUCUUUUUUCUUUUUCCUCUCUACGCACACACAUUAGAUAUAUGUAUAUAUAUAUAUUCAAUUCUCCAUGCAGGGACCAAACCCAGUUAGUAAAAGGGAAGAAAAGAGAGGAAAAGUGAAGAGAAAAGAAGAGAAGAGAAGAGAGAAGAAUGAGGAAACCGGAGGCGGGUCUUGGGAAAGAGAAUGUGGAGAAGAACAAGUACCGGAAAGGCCUGUGGUCGCCGGAGGAGGACGAGAAGCUGAUGAGGUAUAUGUUGAGCGAUGGACAGGGGUGUUGGAGUGACAUUGCUAGGAAUGCAGGGCUUCAGAGAUGUGGCAAGAGUUGUCGUCUUCGUUGGAUUAAUUACCUUAGACCCGACCUCAAACGUGGAGCUUUCUCUCCUCAGGAAGAAGAGCUUAUUGUCCAUUUGCAUUCCCUUAUUGGCAACAGGUGGUCUCAAAUUGCAUCCCGUUUGCCUGGACGUACCGACAAUGAAAUAAAGAAUUUUUGGAAUUCCACAUUAAAGAAAAGGUUAAAAAACAACCUCUCCUCCACACCAUUCAGCAACCACGAAUCAUCGGAUCCUAGGUUGGACAUGAUGUUUGGAGGGAUAAUGGCGAUGCAAGAACAUGAGAUCAUGAGUAUGAACUUGAGCAUGGAUUCAUCAUCGACCUCGUCAUCAUCUUCCCAGCUUCCAUUUUCUGCCACAGGACACAACUCGUUGGACGGUUCAUCCAUGCCUUUCCUAGACAACAACUUCGAAAUGGCAUCCAUGGUUGGUGCCACCAAUGGCUUUCUGCAGGCACCGGGAGGGUGCGCGACAGAAAUGGGAAUGAGAAUGAUCAUGGAAGAGCGACUUAGCUAUGGAAGUUUGGAGGCUCAAAGAUCAAUGGAGGUUGAAAGGGAAGUGCUAUGUCUUCCACAUGAAGAGAUGAACAACAGAAGCAAUUUUGAUGAGUAUUUGGGUACAAAUGAGCAGAAUUUGAAUGUGGAGGAGAUGUUUGGAGAUAUGGGAAGCCAUGGACAAGUACAAGAAAGCUUGAAGAUGGGUAAUGAAUGGGAUUUGGAGAGUUUUAUGCUGGACAUAUCCUCAUUUCCUCAUUUUCUUUGAUCUUCAAUCUCCACCCUCUCACUCUACAAAUCUUCAUUUACUUAGAAUUUUUUUCAAAAAAAGCUUUUCGAACCCAUUUGUUUAAGGGAGUUUUUGAGAAACCAACCCCUUAAAAUUUUAUAUAUUUCCCCAUAUAUGAUGAUUUCUUCUCUCUCAAUAAAACCCCAUAAAUUUUUUUAAAAAAUCGAAUAAGAAAAUUAGUUUUGUUCUUUGACUGGCCAUGGUUGAAGCCCUAUGAAUGAAAAUGGAAAAGAGGUUUCUUUUGGUUUAGGUGUUGUGUUUUUGGGAGGCUCAAGAAGUUGAUUCCCAAAUUCUGCAGCUGAGAGAGUUAGAGAGAAGGUAGUGCUUUUUGCAUUGCACAACAAAGCACCUUUGUUGCCCAAACUCGAGAGAAUUUUGAGUAAGUUUGUGUAGCUUCAAAGCAUGGUCUUUUCUGAGUAUCAUUGUUGUUUUAUCAUUUAUAUGUACAAAUCCAAAUAUACACAUUCAAUCACAU